AUGUCAGGGAACAUAAUUUAAAAUGAAAAGGUCAGAUAAUAUUAGAAGGUGCUACAGCAUUAAAAGGAUUAACUCCAAAAAUUAGUUUUUUAGAAAUCCUACUCCAUCAAAUCUGUAAAUUUAUUAUUUCUAUUUAGGCUUCUAUACUCUUAGACAUUAACUAUGCUACUGCUAAAUCUAUUAUAGCAAAAUUUCGAAAAUCAAAAAUUAGAUAAUAUUACCUCAUCAACAAAAAAUUGAGAUAGUGCCACUUUAAAAAAAUAGAAUACUCUACAUCUAAAUUAGAAAUCAAAUCUUUAGUCUCAGGUUUAUUGAUUAGUGAGUGUAUUUAUUAAUUAUAAUGA